UUGUUUUUCGAUAACGAGCGCGAUAAAUCUUGGAUAACAAGGAAAGUGUUAGAAACGGUUAACGAUGAACCUCCCCGAUCAGGAGGUACCAGCUGCUACCGCAAAUUUGGGGAGAUUGCCAUCGGAAGAUUAUGGAAGAUUAGCUGUAUCGGUUCAAACUACGAGCACCGAUUAUUGUACACACAAUAAUUAUACUACAUCUCAGACGAGAAACGACGAGAAAACGCAACCUGGAAACGAAUUGUAUCCUUCUCAAGAUUAUACGAGACAGGAAUCUUGGCUCCACGAUGGUAGCAGUUGUGAAACAGAAAAUAGCGAGCAAUACGUGCCAGAAUUUCAUCAAAUACCAAAUGGUUGCGUAAAACAAGAAUCGGUGAAUUGUGAAAGAUCCAGAGAAGCUCUUUACCAUCCUCAAUAUUCCGUUUCCGUCGCACAUCCAUCUACGCUUAAUACUAAUUUUCUGGAUAUAAAUCCUAGUACUCCAGUUGAUUGUUUCGUAAAUAACAGGUUGAGCCCGCAGAAAAGUGAAUCUUCAAAAAACGUUGCUGUAAAAGAAGAACCGACUGAUAAGGGUUAUCUCGAGCCGGUUUCUGUGUCCAGUAUAUCGUCUUCAAUAACUCCAACUUCUCAGAACGGCUCUCAGCAACAACAACAACAACAAUAUGCAAUUGGUACCCGAGAAAGUAGAAGUUCACCGAUACCCAGUCGACCAGCCAGUGCUUUUUCCGGUACAUCUCAAUGGCAACCACCUAUUUCAACUCAAUCAGAUAACUUUUUACCACGACAAGAAAGUUGGACGUCCGAUGCUUAUGGUAAACGUAGUAUAACUCCUACUUGGACAGAAUUAGGGGUUCAAGUGGAUUCGAGAAAUUCGUCGUGGGAAAGACAAAAUAAUUGCUUGCAAAAACGAGGAUCACCAUCAUCCUCGUGGAAUUCUGAAUACAUUAGUAAGAGGCCAUCUUCGACUAGUGCUACAACUACUUGGAGCGACGUGACUGUUGGAUAUCAACAACAGAGACGUGGAUCUCUUCAGCUUUGGCAAUUCCUCGUUGCUUUGUUGGAUGAUCCAACGAAUGCACCUUGCAUCGCCUGGACCGGUCGUGGCAUGGAAUUUAAACUUAUCGAACCGGAAGAGGUAGCACGUAGAUGGGGCGUUCAAAAAAAUCGACCGGCAAUGAAUUAUGACAAAUUAAGUCGUUCUUUAAGGUAUUAUUAUGAGAAGGGAAUAAUGCAAAAGGUUGCAGGUGAAAGAUACGUUUACAAAUUUGUAUGCGAUCCGGAAGCUUUGUUUAAUAUGGCUUAUGGUACCGGAGGAUCUCCUGCACUUACUACCGAAGUCCAUAGUAGUAUGGUAAGAACGCACACAGUGUCAGGAAAGACGUGCACCACAAGUGACAUCACUGAACUUGGUAAACAUUCAACAACCGGUUACGGUGAUGCUGUUCUUGCUAUGUAUUCGAACACGGCUGCAGUUUAUGGACCAUCUACCUUACAUCAUCUACAUCAAUACUUGGGUGCUAAUGAAGAUUUUAAGACACCAACGACUAGAUAUCAUGCGCAUUACUCAGCGCAAUACGAUAAUCAUCACCACCACUAUCAUCAUCAUCAUCACCAUCAUGCUACUUCAGCUUAUUCGGAAACCUUUAUUAACUAUGGUCGGUUAUCGACAUUAGAACAUCCCCUUGAUGUUAGAUCUCAAGAACAACCAACUAAAACCUCGUACAAUCACGAAGCAGAGAAUAUCAGUAGAGAACGAGAGAAUUUACCGAUCAGUUACGACGAUACGCAGAGAUCACAGUUACCACCACCGUCGGCAACUACGGAAACCACAAUAUUGGACAGUAGUACGAAUUCUAAAAUCGAGCAAGUAUCGUAUGCUUGUUUAGGUGUUGGUAGUUGCGUUUGUUGAAGAAGAUAUAUAGAAAUUUCUUCUCCAUCUCGAAGGUUCAU